AUGGCCGACCACGAAAAACUGGAAAAGCUUCCCGACACCUCAUCGAGUGGUUCCUCUCACCAUGAUGCUCACUACAAUGAGGCACUUGUUCAAAAUGCUGACGCUUCUCGUGAAGGUGAGCAUGGUAACAUCUUAGCUCAAUACACCGAGAAACAGACGAUGCAAAUGGGACGUAACUAUGCUUUGAAGCACAACUUGGAUCCUGACCUCUUUGGCAGAGCUGCUGCUUUAGCCAGAUCUCCAGGAGAUUUUAACUCAAUGGAGUUCUUAAGUCCUGAAGAGAAGGAGGCGUUGCACAUGGAAGUGACCAAAAAGUGGCACAUUCCACGGAAAUUGGUGGAGGUGAUUGCUUUGGGUUCCAUGGCUGCUGCUGUGCAAGGUAUGGAUGAGUCUGUGGUCAAUGGUGCCACAUUGUUCUACCCUAAGAUUAUGGGAAUCACCGAGAUGAAGAAUGCUGACUUGCUUGAAGGUUUGGUCAACUCAGCACCAUAUCUCUGCUGUUCCAUAGUGUGCUGGUCAUCAGAUUACUGGAACAAGAAAUUGGGCCGUAAGUGGACCAUUUUCUGGACUUGUAUGAUCUCUGCAAUUACAUGUAUCUGGCAAGGUUUAGUCAAUUUGAAAUGGUACCAUUUGUUCAUUGCACGUUUCGCAUUGGGCUUUGGUAUUGGUGUCAAGUCGGCAACUGUGCCAGCAUAUGCUGCUGAAACUACUCCUGCCAAGAUUAGAGGUUCAUUGGUGAUGUUGUGGCAAUUCUUCACUGCUGUGGGUAUCAUGUUUGGUUACGUGACCACUUUAGCUUUCUACUACGUUGGAGAUCACGGCAUUUCUGGAGGUUUGAACUGGAGAUUGAUGCUUGCUUCUGCAUGUAUUCCUGCUUUGAUUGUGUUGAUCCAAGUGCCUUUUGUUCCUGAGUCCCCUCGUUGGUUGAUGGGUAAGGAUAGACACACGGAAGCAUUCCAGUCGUUGAGAAUCUUGCGUUUCAGUGAAAUCGAGGCAGCUCGUGACUGUUUCUACCAGUACGUGUUAUUGAAGGAGGAGCAUUCAUACACGCAAGGUUCAUACUUUAGCAGAGUCAAGGAGAUGUUCACCGUUAGAAGAAACAGAAAUGGUGCUUUGGGUGCAUGGAUUGUCAUGUUCAUGCAACAAUUCUGUGGUAUCAAUGUCAUUGCCUACUAUUCUUCUUCUAUCUAUAUCGAAUCUGGACUUUCUGAGAUCAAGGCUAUGGUGGCCUCGUGGGGUUUUGGUAUGAUUAACUUUUUGUUUGCCAUUCCAGCCUUCUACACCAUCGAUACAUUCGGAAGAAGAAACUUGUUACUUACGACGUUCCCCUUGAUGGCUAUUUUCUUGCUUGUAGCUGGUUUUGGGUUCUGGAUUCCUGAAGACAAGAAGGAUGGACGUUUGGCAUGUAUUACCACCGGUAUCUACCUUUUCGCAGCAGUGUACUCGUCAGGUGAAGGUCCUGUUCCAUUCACUUAUUCUGCCGAAGCUUUCCCAUUGUACAUUCGUGACUUGGGUAUGGGAUUCGCUACCUCCACAUGCUGGUUCUUCAAUUUUAUUUUGGCAUUCACGUGGCCUCGUUUGAAGAAUGCCUUCAAGCCACAAGGUGCCUUUGGAUGGUAUGCAGCUUGGAACAUCGUUGGUUUCUUCUUGGUGUUGUGGUUCUUGCCUGAGACAAAGGGUUUGACAUUGGAGGAGUUGGACGAUGUGUUUGGAGUAUCGCUUAGAGAACACGCUAAAUACCGUACUAAGGAGUUGCUCUACAACUUCAGAAAGUAUGUGUUGAGACAGCAGCUUCCUCCAUUCCCUCCAUUGUACAGACACCAGAGAAUGGCUGUGACGAACCCUGAAUGGAAUGAGAAGACGGAGGUUGAGCAUGAUGAGGAAAUUUAG